ACCCUCGCCUGACUACGAACCUUUCACGACUCGACUACGACUUUACGACUGCGCAUUUAUUGCUGCCUACGAUACCUCAACGAUUCAACGACUUACGACCCUACCUCGCUGCCUGUCUUCCCAUCUGCCACUAGACCAACAUCCAAAAUGGCGAACCGCUUAUACAUCUCCCUCCCAGCGCCCUGCCCAGCAAAGCCCGCCAACCGCCGCCCUCCGCUCACGCCCUCUACUGUCUCAGCGCCUUCACUGAGCGCGUGUACACCCACCGUGUCCCGCCGUGACAGUGGCAGCGGCAGUCCCACCAAGGCGACGUCACUGCUUGCAAAGGUAGCAUCGCACCCCUCAACGCCACGCCGCGGUAUGACACCUGCGUCCUCGCCACUUCCCUCGCCCACACCGAAGUCACCAGAGGAGCACGACUCGCCACUGUACGAGAAGGACGGAAGGCCAAUGAUUUGGAGACACGACUCGGCACGCCACUUCCACAGGCAUCAGUCGCAAGACGGUUACAUCAGCUUCCCAGAUUUCGAGAAGUUCUGCCAGACUCAAGAGUACCAGACAAGAGAUGAGCACCAAAAUGCUCAAAGAACGGCAGUGAAGACGUGAAGCGACGCGCGGAAAGAAGGAUGGAAUGUGCUUCAAAGAGGAAGUACUCUGCUGAGACUGGGAAAGUCUCAGCCUAAUCAACAAACAAAUGUCUUACUACGACUUUUAUCUUCCGCGUUAUCGGAGGUUACACCGUGUUUUGGGAAUAUCCAGUUGUUAAAAGGAGACGGAGGGG